CAGCCUCUCACAUCCUUCCCCUUUCAACUGUCAAGACACUUUUCCUCUCUCCCUCACUUCAUUCCCCUUUCAACCGUCAAGACACUUUUCCUCUCUCCCUCACUUCAUUCUCCACUGCACAUGAGAUAAAAAAACCCUGAGAAUUUCUUGCAAAUUCACCAGCCAUGAAGCAAUUGCACAAGCAAUCAACAAUGCCUAUCUCCCACACCCCCAAACUCUACUCCCCAAAGUCCCAGAAACACAUCAGAUCCCUCCCCAGAUCCCUCACCUACCUCCUCAGAGAGCAGCGCCUUCUCUUCAUCUUCGUCGGCGUUUUAAUCGGCUCCAUUUUCUUCCUUCUCCAGCCUUCCGUCAACCCUCUCUCUUCCGCCACCCCUUCCGCCGAUCAACCUCCCCGCAUUUUCUCUGCCAACCGCGAAUCCUCAGUUCGUUAUCAGGAUCCCAAUUAUGAGCAUAAUUUGGGCACUCGUAAUAAUUAUAGGUACGCUAGUGGGGUGGGGAGAAUUCCGGUGGGGAUAGGGAGGAAGAGGAAUAGGAUUGUUGUUACCGGCGGGGCGGGGUUCGUCGGGUUUGAUUUGGUGGAUAAGCUGAUUGCCAGAGGGGAUGAUGUGAUUGUCGUUGAUAAUUUUUUUACUGGGAGGAAGGAUAAUUUGGUGCAUUUGUUUGGAAAUCCUAGGUUUGAAUUGAUUAGGCAUGAUGUUGUUGAACCGAUUUUGUUGGAGGUGGAUCAGAUCUACCAUUUGGCUUGCCCCGCCUCUCCAGUGCAUUAUAAGUAUAAUCCUGUCAAGACUAUCAAGACAAAUGUGAUGGGUACACUUAAUAUGUUGGGCCUUGCAAAGAGAAUUGGGGCCAAGUUCCUUCUCACUAGUACAAGUGAGGUAUAUGGAGAUCCUCUUGAGCAUCCACAAAAGGAGACGUACUGGGGACAUGUAAACCCAAUUGGGGUACGGAGUUGCUAUGACGAAGGGAAACGAACAGCUGAAACCUUAACUAUGGACUAUCAUCGUGGUGCAGGUGUUGAGGUGCGCAUUGCACGUAUUUUUAAUACAUAUGGGCCUCGUAUGUGUCUAGAUGAUGGUCGUGUCGUCAGUAACUUUGUUUCACAGGCUAUAAGGAAACAACCAAUGUCAGUGUAUGGAGACGGGAAACAAACACGAAGCUUCCAAUAUGUGUCUGACUUGGUUGAUGGGUUGGUGGCGUUGAUGGAAGGUGAGCAUGUGGGCCCAUUCAACUUGGGUAACCCAGGAGAAUUCACGAUGUUAGAGCUUGCUGAGGUCGUCAAAGAAACUAUCGACCCUAGUGCAACGAUUGAAUUCAAACCAAACACUGAUGACGAUCCUCAUAAGAGGAAGCCAGAUAUCAGUAAAGCAAAGGAGCUUCUCAACUGGGAGCCCAAGAUUUCCUUGCGUGAGGGUUUGCCUCUAAUGGUCAAUGAUUUCCGAAACCGUAUCUUGAAUGAAGAUGAAGGAAAAGGAAACUAAUAAAUCCGGAGGAAAUAGUAUGUAUAGAAUGAAAGCAUCUUCUGCAUGUUAGUCAUUCCACUUGCUAUACUGCAUCGAUAUCUUUAUUUAAUUCUUUUCUAUAACUGAAAAAAUCUACAAAAUACAUCAGAUCAUUACAAGUUACCAACUCUUUUUCCAUUUCAAGAAUUUUUGUAAGAUUGGCUUAAGCUUCUUCACAUGAAAAUACAGUUAUGCUCAUUUGUGUAAUGACAUUUAUAUCACUUGGGGGAUACAAGUCUCGGACCAUGAAUCCAA